CUUAGGCAACAUACAUUUUUUUUUCUCUAAAUAUAUACAUCUCUUUUAAGAAAUUUUUUUUUACAAAAAUGGGUGGGAAAAUUGCAUGCUUUGUGGUUUUGUGCAUGUUGAUGGUUGUACCGUAUGCAUCGGGGGCGUUUAGCUGCGGUCAAGUUCAGGCCGGUGUGGUUAAGUGUCUCCCUUAUUUGCAGAAUCGCGGGCCGGUGGGACAGUGUUGUGAUGUUGUUAAAGGUCUCAUUAACUCUGCUAAGACAACACAGGAUCGUAGGACUGCAUGCUCUUGCCUUAAAUCAGCUGCUUCUAUUAUUAAAGGCAUUGAUAUGAGCAAAGCUGCUGGUCUUCCUGCUAUGUGUGGUGUCAAAAGUCCCUUCAAGAUUAGCCUCUCUACUGACUGCACUAAGGUCCAGUGAUAAAAUUGGUGUUAGACGUCCUAUCAUGGUGGCAAAGAAUAAGAUGCUUAUGGAUUGACUUUAAUUAUGGUUAUGUCUUCUUUUUUUUUUGGGUCCAAUAUAGUGGAGUUAUAAUAAAACUUUGAUGGUUGGUUGGUCUGUAAUUUAAUUUUAGCGAAAUGAAACUUUGAGCCAACUAAAAAUUAUUUGUGUAUGACUUUACCCUUUAAUUCAAUGUCUCUUUCAUUUUCUUCAUA